AUGCAGCAGGAAACGGUUUCGGCUCAUCCGGAUCAAGUGCUACGCCUAGCCCCUCUGGAUCUGUUGCAAGGACCACACCAAACCCCGCACCACCCACCAUCCAGUGCAUGUACCCCACCGACGCAUCUAUACCGAUCGAACGUUCUCGUAUGUGCCGGGCACGCCGGUCUUCUAACAUGGAGUGCCGUCUCCCGCGCAAAAUAUGAAGGCAAAGACAUCAAAAUCAUGCUCGGAGUCGUGCCCACCGUAUCAAGUUAUGGAGGCGGCAUCAGGAACGACACAAAGCAUGUAGAUUCCAGCUAUCGGACUAGCCAAUGGCACACCCUCGAGCGGAAUCACGCCUAG